CAAGACAAAAGAUGAAGUCACAUGGUAAGAAGAGUUGAGUAGCCUCGUCUGCUUUCUCUUUGCUUCUUGAUGUGAAGAGGAAGUGCUUCCACACUUUCUCCACGGAUUUAGCAAGCUAAAUAGAGUUUCUUCUCAAUUAAUUGCUUAUUCGGGCAAAGUUAUUGGAGCGUAUAAAUUUGAGAGAUUAACUCUGAUAAAUAAACACAUACAAAAGAUAAAACAAACAACGCCCACAAAUGUUUUGAAAUCAUGAAAAGAGGCGCCAAGACAGUGGGACGAACAGCUUUGGUACUAGAUUUUGUGGAUUUCUCCGAGAACAGCAUUCAUACAAAUGUGGGAAUUCGCAGAUAAAUGAAAGCUCUUCAUCUGCAGAAAAAAGUUUGCAGUUUGCAAGGACUAUGAUUGCAUGUAAUGAACAGCGCAGAGCAUUUCUGCUUGUCGCUAUUGAACAAUUGCAGAACCCUCAGAUCCCUCCAACAGAUCCAUGCUCACGUCGCGAAGACGGGUAUCGAUUCCGAUCCCCUUGUCGCCGGGAAGCUGCUCCUCCACUGCGCUGUUCAUCUCUGUGGGGCACUCGAUUAUGCUACCCGCCUCCUCCGCUACUCCUCGAAUCCCGACCCGUUUAUGUACAACGCACUUAUUCGCGGCUUCUCUGAUUCGGACUUGCCCCAGAAUUCAAUCUCCACGUUCUCUCUUAUGCUCAAGAAUAUGGAUUCCCCAGUUGAUAGUUUCUCCUUGGCCUUUACGCUUAAAUCUGCAGCGAAUAUGCGGUGUUUACGGACUGGGAUUCAGCUUCACUGCCAGGCUUUGACGCGUGGUCUUGAUACUCACCUCUUUGUGGGCACUACAUUGAUCAGUAUGUAUGCAGAAUGCGAGUGUGUUGGAUUCGCGGAAAAGGUGUUCGACGAAAUUCCUGAACCAAACGUUGUGACGUGGAAUGCCAUGGCGACUGCGUUCUUUAGGUGUGGUGAUGUAAAAAGUGCAGAGAGAGUGUUUAAUUUGAUGCCUGCGAAGAACUUGGCUUCUUAUAAUUUGAUGCUCGCCGGUUAUACAAAACUCGAAGAGUUUGAGUUGGCAAGGAGGGUGUUCGAUGAAAUGCCGAGGAGGGAUGAGGUAUCCUGGAGUACUAUGAUUGUGGGGUUUGCACAACAUGGCUGUUUUGAUGAGGCGUUUGGAUAUUUUAGGGAGUUGCUGAGGGUGGGGAUGAGGCCUAAUGAGGUAAGCUUGACAGGCGUUUUGUCUGCUUGUGCACACGCUGGGGCACUAGAGUUUGCAAAGAUAUUACAUGGUUUUAUUGAGAAAGUGGGAUUAGUUUGGAUUACUCCAGUAAAUAAUGCACUUAUGGACACUUAUUCGAAGUGUGGGAAUAUAGAUAUGGCUCGUUUGGUAUUUCAGAGGAUGCCAGGGAAAAAGAGUAUUGUAUCUUGGACAUCCAUGGUUGUGGGUUUGGCAAUUCAAGGGUAUGGUGAAGAGGCACUCUCUCUUUUUCAUGAGAUGGAGGGAUCUGGUAUUUAUCCAGAUGGGAUUGCAUUCAUUGCUAUCCUUUAUGCAUGUAGUCACGCUGGUUUGGUCGAACAAGGACAAAAAGUUUUUGAUAAAAUGACCCAAGUGUAUGGGAUUAAGCCUGAAAUUGAGCACUAUGGAUGUAUGGUUGAUUUAUAUGGUCGGGCUGGACAGCUGUUGAAGGCGUACCAUUUUGUUACUCAGAUGCCAAUUCCACCCAAUGCUGUUAUUUGGCGGACGCUUCUUGGUGCUUGUAGUUUCUAUGGCAAUGUGAAAUUGGCAGAGCAAGUGAAGAGAAGGCUCUCAGAGUUGGAUCCUAACAAUUCUGGUGAUCAUGUUUUGUUGUCAAACAUUUAUGCAGUUGCAGGGAAAUGGAAGGAUGUUGCAACAGUGAGAAAAUCUAUGGCUGAGCUUAAGCUGACAAAAACUCCUGGUUGGAGUAUGAUUGAAGUGGAUAAGGCCAUUUAUACUUUUAUAGCAGGUGCAAAACAAGAUGAUGUGACAAAGGAGGCUUAUAAGAAGCUAAAGGAAAUAAUGCUGAAGCUUAGAGUUGAAGGAGGUUAUGUCCCAGAAGUUAUCAAUGUUUUGCAUGAUAUUCAAGAGGAAGAAAAAGAAGACGCAAUAAUUACACAUAGUGAGAAGUUGGCUGUUGCUUUUGGGAUGGCAAGAUUGCCCGAGGGUAGCUUCAUAAGAAUUGUGAAGAACUUGAGAGUUUGCAAAGACUGUCAUACUGUGAUGAAGUUGAUUUCUGAGGUCUAUAAAUUGGAAAUUAUGCUGAGAGAUAGAAGUCGCUUCCACUCUUUCAAGAAUGGCAUAUGCUCCUGCAGAGAUUACUGGUGAAUUUGUUUUCUGUCUUGCUCAAAUUGAUGUUCUUUGGUUACUAUUGCCACCUUAUAUACAGAGAACAGACAACCUUUGAAGCUGACAAUCCCAGAGUGUGGAGACAUUCAUUGCUCUCUUGCGGCCCUUGGAAGAUCGUGGCUAUAGGAGAAUUUCUUGGAAAGUUAUUAUUUGGUGGAUGAUGAAAAUAUGAGCCUGACAGAGUUAUGGGGUCCCUAUGAUUGGAAAAUCAGCAUAGAUGCCAAAGAGGCUUGAAAAGAGCUAAGAAAAUAAACAAACAUCAAAUGAUAAAUUCUAAAUGGACUUUUUAUUGCAUAA